UCGCCCCAGGGCUCUCCAAACUCAACCUAAGCCACGCCCCCUUUCAACAGGUACACACACCCACACACAUGUGCAACUUUUAGGUAGACAGAGCUGGUUGUGCCGGUUGAGAGAGAGAGAGAGAGAGAGAGAGAGAGAGAGAGAGAGGGAGGACAGGUGAGCUGAUCAUAGUGAUUACUGCACAGGUAACAAACAGAUACAUCCUCAUGUUCUCUAAAGAACUGGACUAUUUAAGGAUAUAAAGAGCUUUAAGAACCUGCAGGAACCCGAGGUGAUCUCAGGAUAUCUCCCAGACUCGUCCUCAGAACUCCUCAGAAGGUGAUUUUUUGGGAUAUCUCAUGUUCAUCAAAGGUACUGAGACCCCAUCCAAGAACAUUCCAGCAUUUCCUAGAAGAACAAACCAGCCAGUGGUCCAGAUCUGCACAUCUUGCUUUCAAGGAAUUUGAUCACAGUUAUGAGCACUUCCACCAAAGACCGGAAGCCCAAGAAACCCCAUUACAUCCCUCGUCCCCCCGGGAAACCCUUCAAGUACCACUGCUUCCAGUGUCCCUUCACCUGCAAUGAGAAAUCCCACCUGUUCAACCAUAUGAAGUACAACCUGUGCAAGAACUCCCUUUCAUUAGUGUCCAAGAAAGACAACAAUCCCAACAAUACCAACGCCAACGCUGACACCAUGGAAAUUAACACGGCUAUAGUGACUACAGAAGCAACCAUGGAGGAAAAUGUUCCAGUGCAAGAAGUCUCCAAGGUUCUCCAGACAGGAAAUGACCAACUAAGGAACAUUCCUGAAAAGGAAAGCAUGCCUACCAAUGAAGAAACCUCAAAAAUGCUUCUAGAGGCUUCAGAACCUGAAUCAUCGCCCAAUGAUAGUGGAGAACAAUGCAGUUCUUCAGAGAAGGAAAGACAAUUUCUGCAUUCGUCUGCCUUUUCCCCAAUUUAUUCCUCUCCAGAAACCAUCAAAUCAUCCAAAGAUAAUCCAGAAAAGACCUUUUCAAGUCCUGUUCCUCAUUUAUACAACCCAAUUCCCAUUCGAAAACCUCCUCAAUCGUUCUUUUCUGGUCCUGAAACUGUUGAGGACAUCUCCAAUCUCCAAAAGCCAACAGAAGCUACAGGACCUUUGUAUCAAGGUCUUGAGUACUCUUCUUACAGCUUUUCGCCUCAAGUCUACCCAAUCCAUCCCUCGUUCUCGCCUUAUAUCCUUCCUGGGAGUUUCUGCAACUACAACCCCUUCCCUUCUUCAUCACAGAUACCUCCAUACGUUCUGGACUCUCAAAGACUCCAUCCCCUAUUUCCAGGGCAGGUGAUGCCCAUCCACCCGUAUCCUUCAUAUCCAACCAUGGACCACUAUUACAGAUCCUGCCAUUCUACACCAUUUCUAAGCUACAGCAUGACCUCGGCUCCUUACCCUGCGAUGGACCACUCGAUUUUGGGUACAAGACCUUCAAGACCUGAUGGUUUCCAAAGCUCAAAUCCAUAUCUAGAUCCAUACAUGAUGGCCCAAAGAGCUAUGCAUCAACAUCACCUGCAGGAACACUCGGUAGGAGCCGGCGUUGGAGUGGACCAACCAAUCAAAGAAGCCCUGAUGAGCCCCAGAGUUGGAUGCUCAGCAGCUGGUUCUCCAGACAGGCCGAGUGCAAUCAAUCACAACCAGAAGGACCAGAAGAACCAGAACUUCAAUAACUUCCAGAAGCCAAGCAACAGAAGCGCAAUGGUGGUCCAACAAAGCCAGUCAGGAGAAAGUGCUGCUACUACAGAUUCUUCUGAAGAUGUACCAGGACAAGACAACUCUACAACACACCUCAGCACCAGUCCAACACCAAAGUCUGCAGAAGAUUCAGCCCCUCUGAACCUUUCUAAGAAGGAACGAAGUCCAGAAACGACACCUAGCCAUCUGGAGAUCCCUCUGAACCUCUCUCUGAAGCCUUUAUCCAGCAGACCUCCCUCAGAAACCCAGUUCCAGAGUCCUCCACCAAUGCAGGAAGACACCCAGAGAAUUACAGAUACUGUUGCUCCAGAAGAUCAAGAGGAACAGACCAUAGAUGAGCAGAAACAGACAGCUGCCUUUGCACUAUGUCAGUUGGCACAGUGUGAUCCAUUAACUGAAAUGCGAAGUUUAGAAGUAAAUCCACAUUUUAGCAAAAACUCGAAUUCUAGUGUUGAUGACGAUCUCGCAAAAGAUCAAACCAUCUCCACUCCACCUACAAGCCCAAGAGAAACUUCAACCCACAGACAAAUUUCAACCACAGAAAUGGACAAAACUGCUUUGGACAUCUCUGAAACUAUAAAAAAUAAUUCUUCUGAAAUUUCUAGACCUGAAUCUACCUUGGACGCCAACUGCUCAGAACCUUGUGCUGAAGAUGCAACAGUAAUAUCUUCCAAAGAUAAGGUGGAUCAUCGGUUAAAAGAGGCAGAAAGAGGUCAAACACCAAAUGUGAAGAGAAAAAGAGACCCAGCUCCUAGUAAACGGAUUUUGAGGAAAAGACGUCGCUUUUGAUGGAAUUUAACGUUUAAAUCAAUCUUCUGACUGUUCGAGACCAUCAGGAAGAUCUUGAAGGGAUGCUACAUCAUGGUGCUUAGUUGGUGCUAGGAUCUUAAAGAUGCUUUUACACCUGAAAGUCUGGACCAAACUUAGUCUUGAUGAAAUAAGAUUCAUGGUUUUGUUCCAGUCUUUACUCUACAUUUAAUCCAGUUAGUUCUGGAUUCACACUGUGGUUCAGAAAGUAGUAAAGAACGUUACUGUGUCCUGCUGUCAUCAACUACAGUACAUAGGAUGCAUCUCUUUUUAUAAGUGAUAUUAAAUGCUCCCUGUAACUGGGUUCACUGCAAAAUAUCCAAUACCAAAAACUGGACUAAAUAUAUGUAAAUUAAGUCAUAUAUGCUUAUAUUAAGCAAAAAAAAUGUUUUAAGUAAAUUCAUCAUUUUUUUCAGCGUAGGCUGGUGUUGAGGUGAGGUACAAAAAAUGGUACCACUUUAAAAAAAAUGCUACCUUUAUAAAUGGUUUAUAAAUGGUUUAGUUUAUUAAUUUUUACUAAUUAGGUUGUAAAUGCCUUUAAAAUCAUUAAUAAUCAGUUAUAACACAUACGUAGAAAUGUACGUAGACCUGUUGUUUGCCAAAUAGUGAACCAACAGCCACAUAACUGAUUAUUAAUUAUUUUUAACACAUUUACAACCUAAUUAGUAACCAUUCAUAAACUGAUUGUAAACCAUUUAUAAGCCCUUUAUAAAGGUAGUCUUAUUUUAAAGUGGUACCCAAAAAAUUAAUUCCUCCUAGGCACACUAGAUAUAGAUGCCAUGCUUAGGUGGUAUUCCUUUUAUUGUAACCAAAAAUUUUAGGUAAAAAAUUGAACUUUAAUGUAUUUUACAAUUAAAAACAGUCCAGUGUAACCACAUGUUUUUUUUUUUUGCUUUUAAAUAAAUUCAAAUUCACCCAAAAUAAAACAGUUUCUUAAUGUUAAACAGUUUAAUAAAUAAAUAAAUGUUUAAUAAAUUCUUCUGUAGAAGUAAGAAAGCUUUUUACUCUUUAGAUAAACGUGUUUAAAGUAAAAGUACUGGAUUCAAAACUACUUCAAAUAUAAAAGUAAAAGUAAUGUAAGGGGAAAAAAAAACAAAAAAAAAAACAUUAAGAACAAAAGCUUAGGCCACGCCCACAGAGUCCUAUAGUGCACCCCCCCCCCUUCCUCCCCAAAAUACAUUUUUCUAAAAGCUAUAAUGACUAUAAUGUUAAAAUAUUAAAAUGUUAAUAAUAUAAUGUGGGAUUCUGCACUAGGCUGUUCCCUAGUGUUUCAGCUGCAUAUAUGCUGAUUGUAAAUGAAUGUAUUUUAGUAGAAUGUAAAUAUAUUGUGUGAAAAUGCACUGGGUGGUUUUCUGUAUAAACACACAGAUUAGCAGGUGCACCUGAAACCUGCAUAGAGCAGGUUCAGACUUGCUGAAGUGUGAAACCGUUGAGUUUCUGCCUCAGUCUCACUCUAACUGUCUCACUCUCAUCCAAACAAUGAGUUCAGUCACUGCAGAGAGAAGAUUACAUCAGCCUCCUUUCCUCAAUAUAUCAUUAUCUCAUAGACAGACAGUCGAGAAAACAAGAACAUACCUUCUCUAAAAGUGUUUACAUCAUUUCCUCUCACCAUUUUAAUCUAAAACAAAUUAAUAUACUAUAGAAAUAUACUGUAUUAAUGAAGAGAUCACUUCAGUUUCUGAAUCAGUUUCUCUGAUUUUGCUAUUUAUAGGUUUAUGUUUGAGUAAAAUGAACAUUGUUGUUUUAUUCUAUAAACUACAAACAACAUUUCUCCCAAAUUCCAAAUAAAAUAUUUUAUUCAUUUAGAGCAUUUAUGUGUCUGAAAUAACAAAUAAAAAAAGAUGCAGAGCUUUCAGACCUCAAACAAUGCAAAAAGAAAACAAGUUCAUAUUCAUAAAGUUUUAAGAGUUCAGAAAUAAUCAAUAUUUGGUGGAAUAACCCUGGUGGUUUUUAAUCACAGUUUUUUUCAUGCAUCUUGGCAUCAUGUUCUCUUCCUCCACCAGUCUUACACACUGCUUUUGGAUAACUUUAUGCUGCUUUACUCCUGGUGUAAAAAUUCAAGCAGUUCAGUUUGGUGGUUUGAUGGUUUGUGAUCAUCCAUCUUCCUCUUGAUUAUAUUCCAGAGGUUUUUAAUUUGGUAAAAUAAAAAAAACUCAUCAUUUUUAAGUGCUCUCUUAUUUUUUUAUAGAUCUGUAGGCUAAAGUAUCCAGCAAUGGGUCAUUAAAAGGCAUUUAAAAACAGUGCUGUCCGUGUUUUUUAAUAUAUUUGUUUUGAAUUUGUUCAAAAGACAUUCAUGUAAAGACUUAUAGACAUAUAUUGGAAAAAAAACAUUCUAUGAAUGUCAUGUGUAUUAGGCUCAACAAACAUAUUCAUAACAUAUUAAAUCACGAAUGCAUUCAUAAUGCCUCAUAAACAUGUGUAUAACUAGUUAUACAAAUGUAUAACACAUUAUAGCUAUGUUUACUGUGCAUUUUGAUUUAGUCUGAAUAUCAUAUAUUUAUCACUAUUGUUAAUACUGUAUAACCCCAUGGUGUACAUAAUAUAUUACAAAUGUAUUUGUUGAGGCUCUUAUUCAAAACAACUGAUGAUGCAACAUGAUUACAAUUCAUAAUGCACAAUAAACAUGACUAUAAUGUAUAAGCAUGUUUAUAAUGCUUUAUAAAUGAGUAAUAAGGUGUUAGUAGUAUGUUUAUAGAGUCUAAUAGACACAGCAUUCAUAGAAAGUGUUAACCAUUUUUUAACUACUUUAAAAAAUAAAGAAAAACAGAAAAAAUAACUUUUUUAAAUGUAUUUUUAACAGUGUAAUGAUUAAGGGGGUGUUUUGAACUGUGCAAUUAUUUUUUUUAACUUAAUAUUAGUUUUAAAUACUAGUAUAAAAGGCUAUUACUCACUUUGAGUGCAAAAAUAAUCAUUUUUUCUAAAAGAAAUGUAUGUAAAAUAAAUGUAAAAUUUGAAAAAAAAAAAAAAAAAGAAUCCUAUACAAACCAAAUACAAAGAAUUACUGGAUAUGGAGCGAGGUCUGAUAGUAGGUGCCAUAUGGACGGGACAUUAAAUUUUCAAAAUUUUAACGUAUUUAUCAUUCUUCUAUCCAUCCAACAUCCUUAUAUCACUAACGCCGACUCUUUAAAACUCAAUACAAUCAAAUCCUCACAGCAAUGCUGCUCAAAAAUCAAGUAGAAAUCCUUUUUAUCUGAAGAGUAAAGCAGGAUAAACUCUUUUUA